AUGGCAGCCGAAUCGACUGCAACAGACUCCCACUCAGCUAGUCCUCUUCAGCGUCCCUGGACCCCCCAGUCAUGGACCAAGAUGAACACGAUUGCACAAAAUGUUGAAUAUGGGGACUCAACUGCUGUGCACGAAGUCUGCAACACGAUUGCAUCGCUACCUCCGCUUGUUAGUCCCGCCAAAAUAGAAAUUGCUCGUUCACACUUUGCUGCAGCAGCAAAAGGGCGAGCUUUCAUCGUACAGGGUGGCGAUUGUGCCGAGAGCUUCCACGAUGUUCGACCGCAUAUUAUCAACCAGAAAGUCAAGCUACUCCAAGAGCAGUCGCAGAUGGUGGCCCAAGGCUUAAAUCUACCCGUAAUCACGGUGGGACGUAUAGCUGGCCAAUACGCCAAACCACGAUCCAACCCGUGGGAGAUCCUCCCCGACGGGACGAAGAUACAUGCCUUCCGCGGCCACAAUGUCAACGGCGCGGGAAUUGGUGAGCGGUGCCCCGAUCCACAUCGACUUUUACUUGGUUAUUUUCAUGCACGGGCAACUCUUGACUUGAUGAAGGAAAGGCAGUUACCUGUAACGCCGCCUGCAACCGGUCCCUCUACCCCCGGUAUAGAUGACACACUGUUCGAGAAGACUGUCGACCCAUUCGAAAGUCCAGAGGGAACCAUCUUCACAUCUCACGAGGCGCUACACUUGCCCUUCGAGAGCGCUGUCACGCACAGUCGCUAUAACACGUCCGCAAGCUUUGUCUGGAUUGGGGAACGAUCUCGUCAGUUGAACGGAGCUCAUGUUGAGUAUAUGCGUGGUCUUCGGAAUCCGAUCGGCGUUAAGGUCGGACCGACCAUGGACGGCCCAACUUUAGUUGAGCUGUUGGAUACUCUAUGUCCGAAUCCCGAAAACAAGGACAAUAUCGGCCGUAUCACGAUCAUUACGCGAUUGGGAGCAGAUUGUGUUGAAAAGGUGCUGCCGAGCCUCAUUCAAGCUGUGAAGGAAACCUACCAUUGUCCUGUCUGGAUGUGUGACCCGUGCCAUGGCAACACACAAACAACAAAGGACGGUGUGAAAACACGCCAUGUCGAUAGUAUUCUGCAGGAGCUCACCAGGACUUAUCAGACACACCGGAACAACAAUUCUUUUAUGGGCGGAUUGCACCUGGAACAAACGGGGGAGUUUGUUACCGAGUGCCUGGACGACACAAAACUGAGAUCGGAGCAGAGACUGGCGUUCAACUAUCGUUCAUUGUGUGACCCACGGCUGUCGAACCUCCAGGCUUUGAAGGUGGUCAGAUCUUUUGUAGAUUUUGUGCGCAACUGCCAUGACCAGACGAAAGAUUAG